UGGCUGUCUGUCUGUCAGAGUCAGUCGCGUCGCAAUCGUCGGUGCGGUUGAUUGUGUUCUGCGCUGCUCUGCUCUUAUCUUACGUCGUCUUCGCUAAGCCGGUCCGGCUCUCUUCAGCAACGCGAUAAACUCGUGCUUCUUUCGUGAAAAUAACUGCAACAUUAUUCAGUUGAAAAGUUAGUGAUCUUAGGUCUUGACAACUGGACAAACAUUACUGCGCUCACAGACUCAACUAACACACAACUUUUUGCGAGGAAUGAAAUAAAGGCGAAGAAUCUGGUGGUUUGCUGGCAGCAGACUGAAAAAUGGCUACUUCUGAUUGAGCUGUGACUGCUUCAUUUUUGCAAGGACACUUACGAAGGACAUGGAUUACUAUUGGCGGUGCUGGGUCUUCUGGCAUCUUUGCGCUAUUUGGAAUUACGGUGUGAACAGCCUGAAGCUGACGACGCUGCACAUUGAGAAGCACACGGUGCGUGGCAACAACUCGCUGCUGGAAUGCCGCUUCGACCUGGAGGGGGAGGCGCUCUACUCAGUCAAGUGGUACAAAGACGGACACGAGUUCUUCCGCUACAUUCCCAAGGAUUAUCCAUCCACUCAGACCUUUCUGCUACCAGGCGUCAAAGUUGAUAGACGUCAUUCAAAUGAGAGUCAAGUUCUGCUGACAGAUCUGACGUUGUCAUCAACUGGUCGCUACCGGUGUGAGGUCUCCGCUGAGGCACCAUCCUUCCAAACUGUCUCAGAGCAUGGAGAUAUGGUCACUGUUGCUCUGCCAAACGAAGGUCCAGUGAUAACGGGCGGUCGACCCCGUUACCAAGUAGGUGACAAAGUCAGAGUCAACUGCACGUCGGGGCUAUCCAAGCCACCCGCCCAUCUCACUUGGUUCAUCAACGGAGAACAGGUGAACAGUUCAUUUCUUAGAGGCCCGUUCAAGAGCUACCCCGAGGAAGAGGGUCUGGAGAGAGCAAUAUUGGGCCUGGAAUUCCAGGUGGAGCCCAAGCACUUCAAGAAUGGAGAUCUGAAGCUCAAAUGUCUGGCUACCAUUGCAACAAUAUAUUGGAACUCGAAUGAGGAGAGCGUCGAGGGAGAGAAACCUCAGAGGGCUCCUGUGCUCGAGGUCAAAGAUACAGGUCAUAAUUCACGGGCUGACAGGGUACAAGGUCAGAGUCAAGCAUCAACUGGUGCAGGUUCUAGGAUGGUGGUAAAUAGUCUUCUACUGAGCGUAAUUUCUCUUAUAAUGGCAGUUCGAGUUGCCGUAGCAAUGAGGUAGCAGCUCUCAGCAGGAAUGAAGUGUUCAAAAGGCUAUGCUUAGAUGAUGCAAGUGUAAGUUGCCGUGUACUGCGAGUGCAAAAUCUAGAUGGGAAAAAGUUUAUUCUGAAGAGAGUUCACUGUACAAGUGUACUAAUGAUUUUUACUCGGGAAAUGUGAUUAUUUCCAUCAACUAUUAACAGGAUCUUCAUUAUUAUAUGUGCUUCUAAAGACUUUACCAAAGAUAUAUACUCAUAUUUCAUGAAGUGACUGAUGUUAUUAAUGAAUGUUUGAAUAGUGUAAAAUCUCCAAUAUAACAAUCCAUUUUUCCUGUGAACUAUGAAUCUGUGGUCUGCAAAUAGUGUACUACAUAUUUGUCUUUCAAAAAAUAAUUUAUCAAACUUUUGGAAAUUGGAAUAUUCUUUUAUAAAACCAUUAUAAGUGAUAAAUAAUAGACAUCACAUAAUGCAUGCUCUACAAUACAUUUGACAUGAUUUAUGUGUCUCUAUCGCAAGCUAUAUGUAUGGAAGAACCAGUGUACUAGUCAUCUUUGAAUAUUAUAAUAAUUUUAGAAAUUGAUUUUAUUCCAAUGAACCAGUAAAUUGUGAAUCAGGAAAUAUGUCGAAGAAUUGAUGAUAUUUUUCUUAUGAAGAAAUUAUGUAACUUAGUAGAUUCAACCAAUAGCUUUAUCGUAUCUUGGCUAUUAUCGUAAUUUUUUACGAACCUACAGAUCCAAAAGGGCAGAAACUAAUCAUAGGGAAUCAAUGUGAAAGUGCAAUCCAACUAUUUUAUCGUGACGCAAUCUUCAUCAAAAUUUAUCGAUUUUAGUGAUUUGUAUUUUUGUGAAUCUUUGUAGAAAAUUUAUGAUCUGAGUAAAAUUUUGUAUAGUCUAAUAUUUGUUCAAUUGUGUGGAAAUUGCAAUGGUAUUUGCAGCAUGUUAUAAAAUCAAAGCGUCGUAUACUAAAAAGGUCUAUAAAUUAGACAUUAUUGGAUUCACUCUUGAACUAGAUUACACUCUCUUUCAUACUGUUGAGAUUGUCAUAUUGCAACUUCAAUAACUGAAAGAUUUUAAUUUAAUAUCCCUCUGAUUCAAUAGCAAUCUUGAGAGGAAGGUAACUAGAUUAAUUGCGAAUAUUGAAUAGAUUUGGAAGUUAGUGUGUUCCAUCUCUGUUUAAUAUAAUGUCACAAAUAUCUUCAACUUCAACCCAGUUUUGCAUAAGUGGUUAAUUCGCAAGUUGUCCGAGAUCAAAGUCGAUCAAGGAGCAGACAAGGUUAAUUGAAAUACCAAUACCAAGACUACGGAUUCAUCACUGUUUCAAGUAAUACUGUUUAUGAUCUUCGGAUCAAUUGAUAUUGCUUGUUAAAACAUAAUUGUUGAUUGAAUGUUACCUGUGUAUCUAUUAUCACUUGAAACACAAUAUCUCCCAAGUAGAAAAUUCUAAUGGAAUGUGAAAUCAAGGUCAAGAUAAUAUUGUAAAUAAAUUUGUUAGAAUGAUAAGAUAUCUACUUUGAAAAUAAUAGUACCAUAUUUAACACGAAUCAGUGUACAUAUCACAAAGCUAUUUCUUUUAUAAUGUAAAUAUGAAUAUGAUUAUGUAAAUUUCAAUUUUCUAUAAAAAUCAUAUUACGCCUUCAGUUACUUUUCUUCUAAUAUUAAAGUUGUGUACAACACAAUAUUGCAUAAAAAGCACUACUUAUAAAAUGUUAUCAUUUUAGGCGGGAGUAGAGAGAUAUUAUUGAUGAUGAAUAGAUUUUCCAACCUGAGUCAUUCCAUUUGUAAAUUAUUUGUCAAUAUAGCUGUAAAAUACUUGAGCCUAGUCAGUAGAUUACUUUAAAUGACUGUUAAUUGAAUAGAUUAACUUAGAUGAUUUAAGUUGGAAUAUAUUUAUGUUGGCGUGUUACAAUGGCCAAGCUGUUACAAAGAUAAAAAAUGUUAUUUACAUUCACUCAUUAAGAGUGUUGUUCGCUUUUUAAAUCAUUGAGAAUUUACUUCUGUUGCAAUGUAAACCGAGUUAUGGAUAAAUUUCUGAUGGAUGAAUUGAAAGAGUAAAAGUAAAUUUUUUUCAAUUGUUGUUAUGGUAAAGAAAGAAUAUGAUUUAUUGUUUUAAUAUAUAAUUCUAAAUGCAUUUUUUCUAUUAAUCCGUCUC